AUGGCUAUUUUUGUCAAAUCUCAGCUUACUGCUAAUAUUCUUUAUAGUUCUUUCACAAAUUUAGAACUUGCUUUGAAAAUCUCUUCUUUGCUACUUCAAAAUUUUCAAGGUCAACUUGACCUUAAUGUAACUUAUAUAGAAACCUCCGAAGAUCUAAAGCUGGCUACAGAUGUUUCAAAUAUAGUUUUCGACCUUACUUAUAGCGCCUCUUUAUCUGAGCUUAUAAAAGAGCUAGCAGAAGAAAAACAUUUUAUUAUCGCUUCUAUUAUAGAAACUUCGAGCACAUACUCAGAGUGGGAAUUUUUUAUUCAUAAUUCUUUGAAGGAUCAGAUUGGAGCUUUGAUUUCAAUUGUUUCCUAUUUAAAUUGAGAAACAUUCAUUGUAGUUUCUGACCAAACUUAUAGCGAAGAUGACGGAUUUUUAAAUUAUUUUUCCAAUAAGAAUUAUCAAUGAUUUUAUUUCUCAAACAGCAAUGAUCAAAGCUUGGCAGAUUUAUUUAUUGGGAAAAUAGUUCAAGCUUCUGGGAUAAGAAAUAUUGUAAUUCUAAAUAGGGGGGAAAGUACAAAAUUAUUAUUAAAAAGUUUAGAAAAGAGCAAUUUGCUUUAUAUUGGGACUGGAGCCAUUAUAGGAAAUAAAGGGUUUUGGGGACUUUAUGGUAAUGGGGUUGUUAGUUACUGCGAAUCAGGACUAGAAUUAGCUGAUAGCUAUUAUAAUUAUGAAGGCUUAGCAUUUGUGAAAUUUUUAAAACAAAUUCUUAGUUUUAUUUCAAUAUAUGACUCUUUAGCCCUCAGAGAGUUUCUAACUCCUCUCUCUGUGAACGAACAAAACUAUUGGAAAAAUCCCUAUUUUUUGCUUAAAACCCAUCUUCUGUGAGCGAACAUAAAUUUUGUUAAUAAAAACAAUUUUUAUGAAAAAAACUUUGAUAUAUAAGUGGUAGUCAAUAUAAUGAAAUCUCUAGUUUAAUUUUGAACAGCUUGAGCUUUAAAACAUAAAUUUUACAUAUUUAAAUUAGUUUUUACUUCUCGAUCUUUACAAUUGGAUUUUUUUUUAUUUUGAAAGAAAAACUUACUGUAAAAUUUAUAUAUAAAUUAACCCCCUUCAUGAGCGAGCAAAAUUUCUCUUUGUUCACUGAUGGAGGGAGCAUUAAGUAAAAAUACAGAGGAUCAUCACCCACUGUCCAAUUUUACUCUAAUCAAUACCAAAAAUAGUGAAAAUCUUCUAGUAGGAAAUAUUUUUAAUGGAAUUUUGACAUUAGUAAAGCCUUUAGUAUAUCCAGGAAAUUCUUCAAAAAUUCCAAAUUCUCCUACUACAGAUAUUGCUAUAUGAAUCGCUGAUGGGACUUCAAAUCCAGGGAGUUUGUCUGAAAAUUCAACAUUAAAAUUUGUUUAUGGAGAGCUUUACGCUUUAGAACUGUGGGAAAAUAAGCAUUCAUUGGACAACUUUAAAAUAAAAGUAGUUGAUACCGACUGCGGAGUGUUUUAA